UCUCCCUGCAACACUGAGGAGUUGGUAACCAAAGUCAUUUGAAGUUAACAGGCAGAAAGUGGGCCAGUGGGACCUUUUCCUGCCCUGAAGCGACUCAGUGGAUCCUAAAACAGAUUCUGAGACAGUCCCCCCCUUCUCUGCUUUUGAAAACCCUGCAAUGGAGCAGGAGCUCUUUCCACCCAGCUCUCAAAGUCAAACAGAAGGUGGAGCACCCAUCUUACUACAGCUGUUGGAGUUUAAAACUCAUCUUCAGGAGAUUGUAGAGGAGCUGCACAUUCGAAGGGAUGCACAGACAAGGUUUGAGGAUGAAAUCAGUAAGCUUGUGCUGGAGAAACAGGAGCUGGAGUGGGAGAAGGAAUCCCUUCAACUUCAAAUAGAAACCAUGGCAAAACAGCACACUGAAUCACUCAGCACUGUGAAGAAGACGUUUCAAGUCAGAUUACAACACAUGGAGGGGGAGAAGGGGAAAUACCAGGUCAGUGCAGAGUUAAAGGACAAGGAGAUUAACAAUUUAAAGGAAGAGCUGAAGUCAUUACAGUUGCUGAAAUACAACUUGGAGAAGAAAUCAAGGGAGCUGGAACAGAAGCUAGCCCUGCAAACUCGGACAAAGGACAAUCACCUGAACCAGCUGGCAGAGGUGGAGAAAAGAUUCAGCGCCCUUUCCAAACAGUGUGCCAUGGUCAAGCAGGCUCAUGACAAACUGGAGAAGAAUGUUGAUGAGGCCAUGAAGAUAAAUAGCAAGCUGACAUCCGCCUGUCAAAAACAAGAAGAAAUCGUUCUUUCACAUAAGAAGGAGUUGGAGGAAGUCAGUAACAAGCUCAUAAAGGAAAAGAUGAAAUCAGUCAGACGUGAAAAGACCCAGAGUCCUUUAAGGAGGGAACAGCCCGUACAAGAACUGCAACAAAAACUCAACAUGGAGACUGAAAUAAACAAGAAACUCAGACAGGAGAAUGUUGCUGAACGAGCAGAAAAGAAGAAGGUGAUGAGGUCCCUGCAGCACAAUCAGCAGCUGUUGUUGAGUCAGACGCAGACAGUGAGAAGAAUCGAACAGGAGCUCGAGAGCCAAACAGUGAUGUUUCAGGCCCUUAAGCAAGAACAUGAAGUGAUGCUAGAGAAUAGAAAGGCGAUGGAAGACAAAGUGGCAGAACUGACAGAGAACUACGCUGCUUCCAAGACGAGCUGGGACAAAGAGAAGGCAACAAUUCUGAAUCAAAUCAAGAGUGAGCAGUCAGACCUUCAAACUGUAAAAGAGGCGUAUGAAGGCCUACAGCAGAAAUGUUCAGAGCUGACCUUGCAGGUCAGCUGUCAGGCACAGCAAACUGAAAAACGGGAGAUGAAAGGGAACGGUCAGAGUCCUCUUGUUCCGACUCAGCUGUUCUUCAGAGCUCUGGAAACCCCUAUUGACCCAAACUGCAGCUCUGAGCUGCCUGACCUCGACAGUCUGCAGCACACUGUUUCCUCUCAGGCCAAAUUCCUGGAUUGUCUGAAGGACACAGGAGCUGCUUCAAAGCUGACUGCUACUGGAGCAAGUGGAGAUCAAGACAAGUCAAAUCAUCAGCAACAAAUGAUUAAACAAAUCUCAUCUCUCACAAGCCCUGAUAACUCUGAAAAAACUGCUGAAACGUCUGAUUUAAUUGGACUUGGUGAGAGUUACCUGAGCAAAUCUACCUGUGUUAGUAUGUCAAAUCCUGGGUGUGGUUCUGUGAAUAGAUCUACAGAAUUACUUGAUUAUGAAACAUAUGAAGAGAAAAACAGAGGGACGAACGAGAAAGAUCAGGGAGGGGAGGAUAACCAACAGGACACCAACAAUAUGGAGCAGAAGAGAAAAGAAGAUGUGAAACGUAGAAGAAAUGCUGGAGAAAAAAGGACAAUCCCGGUUCAAACGGCAGAAAGAACAGACGUGCACAGGGGUACCAAGGGGUCAGCAACAGAGAAGACCAGUAACCCAGAAACAAAAGAUAGAGGAGAGGGAGAAGUAACAGAUAGAGUGAAAGAGAGAGGACAGACAGCAGAGCAUGCAUCAGGAACUCCAGAAACACAGAUACCAGCUCUCAUGACUGCUGAUAUGACUGAAGCGAGCCUCACUGUGCAGGUCAGUGACUUCAUGGAUACUGAGCUGCUGUCAACUGUCUGUGAACCUCUAAACUCCACAGAAUGUGUUUAUGAGAAAACCACAGAGAAGGACGGAAAUCUAAACAAUGAAUUUACUGCCAGCACAGAAGAACACAAAGUCACCUCUGAUGAACACCAAAGCAUCAGUGCUGAAGGUGUGCUACACAACUUACCUGCAGCAGUUCAGACUUCAUGUCCUGAAUCUGAGCCAUUGAUGAACAAUCAGUCGAUCCCACCUUGUCAGAUUCCAGGAGAUGAGAACCCUCCCUGGGAGUCAUCCGGUUCUUUUACUGCUGAAUGUUCUAUAAUCCUAAAACAGUUGCGUACGUGCACUUCAACGACGAACCCUGCAGUGUUUGCUGGGGAAUUUCAGCAAAACAACAACGUCCAGGAGUCCCAAACAAACCGGACAGAAGCUGAAAGAUGUAAUCCUUCACACGUCAACACUAAUGUGAUCCAGACAGAUGAAAAUACUGAUGCACACGUUACUAAGGAGUCUGAAUUAGUGAGAGAACCACCGCAGGAAAUAUCAGCAAAGGUGAGUGUGCAGCUGACAUCUGCUGUGGCUAAUGGGGAAGAGGAUGCUCAAAAGAAGAAGGAAAGUCAGCCAAAUGUAAACACAUGUGAAACUGCACAUAAAGCUUCAUCGACAUUCAGUUUAGGAGAUGUAUCCAUGGAGGCUAUCCUUCUACCAGAUGUUUCAACUGGAAAUAUUCAGGAGCACGCAAACACCAACACACUGAAAGAUGUAGGAGAUAAAGAAAUAUCCGAAAACAGAGGCGAUUUGAAGCUGUCAGUGUUGCUGAGUCAUGACAACAAUGAAUCAUCAGAGAUUGACUGUUUGCAACUGCACCAGAAGGCUCCACAGAAGAAGAGAUCCAAUGCUUGCUUUGAUUUGUCCCUAAUGAGCAAAAAUACCUCUAGUUCUCUUUUUGACUGGGGGACAGCUCAGAGAAAAACCUUCAGCUCCGGAUCAAAGUCAGAUGGCUCCGUCCUGCAACAGUUAAACCAGGAAACUGAUAUGUCUGGACCAGAUACCGCAGGACGUACCCACAACGCAAUGCCCAUGUUCAUCAAAAGCCAGCACAGCAAAGUCCCUUUGCUCAUCACAAGAGCAUCAGAUUUAUUCAGUGCCACAAGUGUUUCUGGCGCUGCAGCCUGUCCGGCGAGUCCACAGAAGGAAAGUCGGGAGGUAAAAGAGGAGACGUGCAGAGAGGCAGCAGCAGAAACGAGACCUUCGUUGUCCCUGAGUUUUUUUCCAGUCACCUCGUCCUCUAACACAAGCAGCAGAGACUCUUGUCAGAACAACCCGGACUGUAGCAAAGCUCCAAGCCCGACUUCAGUUCCUGCUUGUGAGUCAGACUGGGAUCCCCCCGGUUCCGAGGUCAGGGAAACCCAGCAGUCUUCUUUGAGAGCACAGAUCUCUAAGAUCGAACAGUUUCUCAGCAGUGAGAGACUGCGAUUGCCCAAAAGACACCGAACUGAUAACUGAACAGAACUGAUGUAUCCUUUUCUGCUACACAUGAAAACUGUUUUAAUAAGUUUAUUCAUUUACAGCAACUAAAGUUGAAAUGUUUCAGACAUUGUUAUCAAAAUGACAGCAUAAGCAAAAAUUGGGUUGUCUUUGGAUCAGAUUUUAGCCUUAAAACGUGCACGAAUGGACUCAUUUUUGCCAUCAACCUUAACACAUUUAAAACAGUCUUUAAAACAAUCUUUUUUUGCACAGAAAUCUGUUCCGUUUAUUCAUCGUUGUCAGAUUUGUGCAACUGUUUCAGGAGGAAGGCAUUAUUUGUUCGACUAGAUGUCAAAACUAAUGUUUGCAUAAGGUUUUGUUUGCGUUUAUGAGUUGGAUUUAAUAUGAAGCAGAGGAUUUUGUGAAUUAUUUUUCUCUGUUCUAUUUAGGGACAAUUCAUAAUACAGUGCUUUUUGUUAGCAGUGAGUUUUUAAGUCAUAAAUACCUUUUUACAUUAAACGAUCCUCUU